CUGUGAGGGAAAGCUGCAAGGUCAGGAGACAGUCCUCCGUUCAUGGAAGACGGGGGCAAUGAGCCCUGAGGAAGAAGAGGAAGAGGAGGCGGGAAAGCGGCUGUUGCUGGCGAUUUACCUGAGGGGUCAAGAGGAGGUGUGAGGAGCCGAGAAGCUUGGGAAGGAAAGAAAAGCAGGACUUGGAGCACUUGCUUGCCACCGCCACCUCCCGUGGAAGGAAUUAAGGGAUUCUCUUCAGGACGCAUUUUUUUUCCUUCUCCGCGCUUGUGUUUUGGUAAAGACCUCUUCUGUUUUUCCCUCCUCCCCCCUAAGCUCACUCUGUCCCUGACUUGGGUGAUGUGUGUGGCGUGGUGGAGAUUGCUUUUAGCCUGGUUAGAUCUGAAUAAGGAACUGGGUUAAUCUGUCUUCCCUCCCCUCCAUCCCAGCUCUGGAGAGAGGUGGUUGUGGAUGUGCACUACGGCAAAGAUGACGGAUCCUUUGGGGAAAGCCCUGCGCAGGAUGGGAGGCCCUCCUGUGAUCCUUGGAGCCUGGAGACCUUUUUCAUGCUCUUGUUGCUGCUUUUCGACCUUCCUGGAUAUGAACAACUGGCUGAUCUUCUAUGGAUUAUUGUACCUGGUACUGUAUGCUCAGGUUUCCCAGUCUAAGUCUUGUGAAAGAACUUCUUGCUUUUCUGGUCGAUGUAUCAAUUCCACCUGCCUCUGUGACCAAGGCUGGGUAGGAGAUCAGUGUCAGCACUGCCAAGGCAGGUUCAAGUUAACAGAGCCUUCUGGAUACUUAACAGAUGGACCAAUAAAUUAUAAAUACAAAACAAAAUGUACAUGGUUAAUUGAAGGAUAUGCUAAUUCAGUUUUAAGAUUAAGAUUUAAUCAUUUUGCUACAGAAUGUAGUUGGGAUCAUAUGUAUGUUUAUGAUGGAGAUUCAAUAUAUGCACCUUUAAUAGCUGUAUUUAGUGGUCUUAUAGUUCCGGAAGUUCGUGGAAAUGAAACUGUUCCUGAAGUAGUUACUACAUCUGGCUAUGCAUUGCUACACUUUUUUAGUGAUGCUGCUUAUAAUCUAACAGGAUUUAAUAUUUUUUACUCAAUUAAUUCAUGUCCCAAUAAUUGCUCAGGGCAUGGAAAGUGCACAACUAGCAACUCCAUUCCAAGCCAGGUAUAUUGUGAAUGUGAUAAGUAUUGGAAGGGAGAAGCCUGUGAUAUUCCUUACUGUAAAGCUAACUGUGGGAGUCCUGAUCAUGGCUACUGUGAUUUGACAGGAGAAAAACUGUGUGUGUGCAAUGACAGUUGGCAAGGUCCUGAUUGUUCAUUGAAUGUUCCUUCCACGGAGUCAUUUUGGAUACUACCCAAUGUAAAACCUUUUAGCCCAUCUGUAGGUCGGGCUUCCCAUAAGGCAGUUCUACACGGAAAGUUUAUGUGGGUGAUUGGUGGAUAUGCAUUUAAUUACAGUACAUUCCAAAUGGUAUUAAAUUAUAAUUUGGAAAGCAGCAUAUGGAAUGUAGUACCUGUAUUGAAAGGACCCCUUCAGAGAUAUGGACAUACUAUCGCGUUAUUUCAGGAUGACAUUUACAUGUAUGGAGGCAAAAUUGAAACAAAUACUGGGAAUGUCACUGAUGAACUAUGGAUUUUCAACAUACCCAGUCAGACCUGGACUACCAGAAUUCCUGCAGUACUUGUUCAUGGCCAGCAAUACGCAGUUGAAGGCCAUUCUGCACACAUUGUGGAGUUGGAUAGCAAGGAUGUUGUCAUGAUUGUGAUUUUUGGUUACUCCGUAAUAUAUGGCUACACAAGCAGUGUUCAAGAGUAUUAUAUUAGAUCAAAUUCUUGGCUUGUACCAGAAACAAAAGGGGCAAUUGUGCAAGGUGGAUAUGGCCAUACUAGUGUCUAUGAUGAUACAACAAAAUCUAUUUAUGUUCAUGGUGGAUACAAAGCAUUGCCUGGUAAUAAAUAUGGAUUGGUUGAUGAUCUUUAUAAAUAUGAAGUUAACAGUCGGGCAUGGACAAUUUUGAAAGAGAGUGGUUUUGCAAGAUAUCUUCAUUCAGCUGUCAUAAUCAGUGGAGCUAUGCUAAUUUUUGGUGGAAACACUCAUAAUGAUACUUCUCUGAGUAAUGGUGCAAAGUGUUUUUCUUCUGAUUUCCUGGCUUAUGAUAUAGCUUGUGAUGAAUGGAAAAUUCUUCCCAAACCUAAUCUUCAUCGUGAUGUAAACAGAUUUGGUCACUCAGCAAUUGUCAGCAAUGGGUCUAUGUAUAUAUUUGGAGGCUUUUCAAGUGUUCUUCUAAAUGACAUCCUUGUGUACAAACCUCCCAACUGUGAAGCAUUCAGAGAUGAAGAGUUUUGUAAAAGUGCUGGACCUGGAUUAAGAUGUUUAUGGAACAAAAAUCACUGUGUGUCAUGGGACUCUGGUCAUAUUAAUAACAUUCUUAGGGCGAAGUGUCCCAGAAAAACAGCUGCAGCAGAUGACAGAUGUUACAGAUAUGCAGACUGUGCCAGCUGUACUGCCAAUACAAAUGGCUGUCAGUGGUGCGAUGACAAGAAGUGCAUUUCAGCAAACAGUAACUGCACUGUGUCAGUAAAAAACUACACCAAAUGCCAUGUAAGAAAUGAACAGAUCUGUAAUAAGCUCACCAGUUGUAAAAGCUGUUCACUGAAUCUCAACUGCCAGUGGGACCAACGACAGCAGGAAUGCCAAGCUUUGCCAGCUCAUCUGUGUGGAGAAGGAUGGAAUCAUGUUGGAGAUGCUUGCCUCCGUGUAAACUCUAGUCGUGAAAACUAUGACAAUGCAAGACUUUACUGCUAUGGCUUAAAUGGGAUUCUUGCAUCAUUAACAACCUCAAAAGAAGUUGAGUUUGUUUUGGAUGAAAUGCAGAAAUAUACACUCCAGAAAAUAUCACCUUGGGUAGGUUUACGUAAGAUCAACAUCUCCUACUGGGGAUGGGAUGACAUGUCUCCCUUUACAAACACUACAUUGCAGUGGCUUCCUGGAGAACCAAAUGACUCUGGAUUCUGUGCUUAUCUUGAACGGGCAGAAAUAGCAGGUCUGAAAGCAAACCCAUGUACAGCCAUGGCUGAUGGCCUUGUAUGUGAGAAGCCUGUUGUUAGUCCAAAUCAAAAUGCUAGGCCCUGCAAAAAGCCCUGUUCUCUCAGGACAACAUGCUCGAACUGUACAAGCAGUGGUAUGGAGUGCAUGUGGUGUAGCAGUACAAAACGAUGCGUUGACUCAAAUGCCUACAUAAUCUCCUUUCCAUAUGGACAGUGCCUAGAGUGGCAGACCACCACCUGCUCUCCCCAGAACUGCUCUGGAAUGAGGACUUGUGGACAGUGUCUGGAGCACCCAGGAUGUGGUUGGUGCAGUGACCCUAGCAAUACAGGCAAAGGGCAUUGUGUGGAAGGGUCCUCAAGGGGACCAAUGAAGUUCACUGGGUUGAAUCCUGCUGAAAUGGUUCUUGACAACAAUCUUUGUCCCAAAGAGAAAAAUUAUGAAUGGUCAUUUAUCCAGUGCCCAGCUUGUCAGUGUAAUGGACACAGCACUUGCGUUAACGGUAAUGUUUGUGAUCAGUGCAAAAACCUAACUACAGGAAAACAGUGUGAAACAUGCAUGCCAGGUUACUACGGGGAUCCAACGAAUGGAGGCCAGUGUACAGCUUGCACCUGCAGUGGACAUGCAAAUAUUUGUCACAUGCAAACAGGAAAAUGCUUCUGUACAACUAAAGGAAUCAAGGGAGACCAGUGUCAACUCUGUGACUCAGAAAACAGGUACCUUGGUAAUCCACUCAGGGGAACAUGUUACUAUAGCUUGCUGAUUGACUAUCAGUUUACCUUCAGUUUAUUACAAGAAGACGAUCGCCAUCACACUGCCAUAAACUUCAUUGCAAAUCCUGAACAGUCAAACAAAAAUUUGGACAUAUCAAUUAAUGCAUCAAACAACUUUAACCUGAAUAUCACUUGGUCUAUUGGUUCUACAGCUGGAACAAUAUCUGGAGAAGAGAUUCCUGUAAUUUCAAAGGCUAAUAUCAAGGAGUACCGAGAUAGUUUUUCCUGUGAAAAAUUCAACUUCAGGAGCAACCCAAAUAUCACAUUCUAUGUGUACGUCAGCAACUUUUCAUGGCCAAUCAAAAUACAGAUUGCAUUUUCACAGCAUAACACCAUCAUGGAUCUGGUACAGUUCUUUGUCACUUUUUUCAGUUGUUUCUUGUCACUGCUGUUGGUGGCUGCUGUGGUCUGGAAAAUCAAGCAAACUUGCUGGGCUUCUCGACGGAGAGAGCAACUUAUGCGGGAACGACAGCAGAUGGCCAGCCGACCCUUUGCUUCCGUAGAUGUGGCUCUGGAAGUAGGAGCAGAACAAACAGACUUUCUACGAGGACCGUUAGAGGGUUCUCCAAAACCAAUUGCUAUCGAGCCUUGCUCAGGAAAUAAAGCUGCAGUGCUGACUGUGUUUUUAUGCCUGCCAAGAGGAUCAUCAGGAGUCCCACCACCUGGUCAGUCAGGGCUCGCCAUUGCAAGUGCACUGAUAGACAUUUCACAACAGAAGCCCUCAGAAUGUAAAGAUAAGAGUUCAGGAGUCAGAAACAGAAAACAUCACCUUUCAACACGUCAAGGAACUUGCGUCUGAGAUCAAGAGAAUGCAUUUGUACAUUCUGUAAUUUUUUUUCUUUUUUAACGAGCUUCCAUUGUAAGCUAAACUACAGCCUCAGUUUUUGUGGAGGCAACCUCUGGACAAUGGUACAGAUGAUGGUCAGAAGCACGAGGCCCUGCUGGAAGAGCACCUUUGUCCAUCUGUGCCCUCAAAGCAGGGCAGCCUGGAGGGCAAAUGUGAAUAUUUUGGGCGAGCUUGAGGAAAUGCAUCCGUAAUGAGAUGAAAAACAAAACAUUUCUUCAUACUUGUUCUUAUCUAUAUCAGGAAAUGAUGGAGAAAGAUUGUACAUUUUUUUUAAUGUGGAAGGAAAUAUAUCACUGAAAAUUAAACAAUUCUUAAGGAUUCAUUGUACACAUAGAAAUAAUGGGUUGCUCAGUUUCUCAGCUUGAUAAACACUUAAGAUGCAUACAUAAAGAAGGAACUGGCACUGUUAGGGAUAUUAUUAUUUCCCAGUUAAGAAAGCAGAUUUUGAAGUAGGUGAUAGGCAGAUAUGUUUAAAUAUUCGUAUAUUUCAAGGAUAGCAUAUAGAAAACUGGCUUUAUAGGAUUUCUGCCUUCCAAAAGACUUUGCAACAAUCCAAACUAAAGCAGGAUUAAAAGUGGACUGCUUCAUAAGAAUUCUGAAUGAGAAACACAGUAAAGAGUAGAUGCCCAUCUUCCAUGCCAGCCAACUAGCUCAUUAUCCCAGUUGAUUAUGAGAAAGCCAGCCCAGCAGCCAAGAUCUUUGUAACAGCCAUCUCCAAAACUGCAAGACUCUGAAGAGCUUAACUCUUUAUUCUUGUGCAGUAGUGUGUCUGAUUCUGUUUUACUACUGUAAUAUUGAGGGAAGGCCAAAGACCAAUGUGCUAUUCAGCUUACCUAAGCCCACUGACUUCAUUGGGUUUAGGGCAUCCUUAAAUUAGUUUUGGAUUGUAGCCUUGUUGCUUGGUGUUAAAUCAUUCUUCUCAACUCUUCUUCAACAGUAAUUUUGCCACACCAACCCUUUUUCAGAGUCCAAACAGCAAAUUCAACAGUCCUUCAUUUCUUCCUCUUAAAAAAAAAAAAAAAAAAAGAUCACAGCACCUUAAACAUAAAUCACUCUAAAAAUCACCAAAGAUCUUUUAGCAUUUUUGGUGUUCAAGAUUCUUAGAAUAGCUUUUCUGUAGGAGAAUCAACAAGUUGCGUACCAUAGUGUAUCCCAAAGUUAAAGGGAAACCCUCCUCUAGGUAUUUGCAAGGAAAUAAGGAAACAAUAAAGCAACCUAUUGCCAUUACAUAGCAUUUAGUAUUUUACAAUGUCUUUUUCAGACAGUGGCAGUGGAUGAGGCACUCUUAUAGUCUCAGUCCAGAGAACAUUAAAUGCAUGUGAGUGAAAUCAAUGCAACUUUAGUGCUUAACUGUUCUCCUUAAUCUUGUUCAUUUCACUGGGACUUAAGUGUGCAAACUUCUUUGGAGUUAGGCUGCACCUUAAGUGUUUGUAGCAAGUUACACAAACCAAGGCCUUUUGCUAGAGCUUCCUUGUAAAGACAGAACAGUAGCUCUUAAUCUGCAGAGCUGUGAACACUUGAAGUAGUCCAUGAGAUAUAAACUCUUACCUGUGGUAGAGUUUGGUAAAUAUGAAAAUGAAAGAAAUAUAAUUGAUGUUUACUACUAUAUCUUCAUUUUUAUUUUUAUUUUCUUUCCGGAAGGGAAUGAGAUUUCACUGUUUACACUUUGACUACAUAGUUACUUGCAUGCCAAGGUGGUGCAGUAGCAGUAAACGCCCUGUUUGUGAGUUAGUAGUGUUUCUUUUGUAAUGCCACUCAAACAUCAGAUGACUUAUGUUGGAUGAGGACUGAAUGUAUAAAAGCAGACAUUUAAAAUUCUUUAAAAGGAACUGUUGUACAGUAUGUAGUUCCCUCUCAUCCAGAAUAAUUAGGUUACAUUUUACUAUGACUGCUAUACUGUUUUGAUUAGUUGCACAUUGAUAAAUUAUGCUGGCAUGAUUGUUGGAAUAUUUUCACAUUUCAAAAAGAGACUAAUUAUUAUGCUAAAGUUAUGUUGUCACAGUAUGAUACUUUUUGGUUGACUGUUCUGACCUCACAUAGUUGUUACCCUAAAACAAAGGACCUGCUUCUCCAAGAACUUAUCUAAUAAAUGACGCCAUUUACAUUUAAGUUCUUUUAGAAUUAGGGCCAAAAAAAAAAGAUUUUUGUUAGAAAUUAUCAAUCAUUGAACAGUUGUAACUCAAAUAAGAGGUGUUUUUUAAAGCAAACCCUUCUGUCAUUGUAGUGUUGAUUUGGUUAAAGAAAAAUGUCAUUAGAACUGGCAUGUAUGAGUAAGAUGAUUAUUUGAAGAAAGACAAAAGAGAAAUAAAAGACUUGGCUGUACAUUU